AUGCCAACCGAUACCUUUCAACAACUCCAUCGACAGCCAGAUGCCGUUGCCGUUGCCGUUGCCCCUCUUAUGGGUCCUGCCAUUUGUCUAUUGGUCGAACUCGGAGCUCCUCAACAGCCCUUCCUAGCUCUUACUAAAUCAGCAACAUCACCACGCGCCGCCAUCGACCUCAUCACUCGAGCGACCGCCGCGCCCGGAACAUAUAUAUUCACCGAACUUCUCCUCGCGCCACAAAUUCAAGCCCUCUCCACUGCUUCUCCAGAGCAAGCAGCUUAUCUUUCACUCCUUAAAAUCUUUAGCUAUGGCACAUACCUUGACUAUACCAGCGACUCCUCUCUCCCCACUCUCUCCUCUGCCCAAACCCUUAAACUUCGCCAGCUCUCCUUCCUCACCCUUGCCAAAAGCCCGUCCGACUUGACCUACCCAAAACUUCAGUCUGCGCUUUCCCUCUCCACUCCCCGCGACCUCGAAGAUCUUGUCAUCAGCACCAUAUAUGCCGGUCUCAUAACCUGUACUUUGGACCCUUACAACCAAACUGUGCUCGUCUCAUCCAUCUCUCCCCUCCGCGAUCUUCCCCCCUCUACAAUACCAUCCAUGUUAUCUACCCUCUCAGCGUGGUCAGCUCGUUGCACCACGACGCUUUCGUCCCUCGAAUCGCAAAUCGCGUCCAUCAAGGCCGAAGCCCAGCGCCGUCACCGCGACGAAAAAGAAUGGAACGCCCACGUCGCAUCCCUCCUCGAAACGCCCCCUCCAGCAGAGCCUUCCACUGAAAGGGCAGGUAUCAUGAGUAGUCUACAUAGUUUGACGGGCAAAAUGACGAAAUCGUCUGGAAAGCGCAAUGCCACAUUAGAGAAUCUUGGUAGUGAUGAGGAAAUGGAUGAUGUAGAUUCGAUAAGUGGUCAGCAGAUGAAAGAUACCCGAAGUUCGAAGAAGAGAGGUUUUGGCGGGUUAGGAUUUGGGAACUCAACAGAUACCGGCUCAACAGAUGCCGACUCAACACGCCUCUCACUCGCUUUGGAUCGUAUAUUGGAUCAUGAGAGUAUGUGA